AACUUCUUGCAAUGGCUAGUCAAUUGACCGAAGAGCAGACUGCAGAGUUGAAAGAAGCUUUUAUGAUGUUUGACCAAGACAACGACGGCUGGAUCACACUCAGUGAGUUGGGAACUCUCGUGAAGUACUUGGGAUACAUCGCGAAUGAGGAAGAGCUUCAAGAGGCGGUGGGAAAAGACGGGGAAACCGAGAAAAUAGACUUUGAAGGAUUCCUGGCGCUGAUGUCUCGCUUGGUGAUAGACUCCGAUGUGGAGAUCAUCCAGGCGUUCAGAGUGUUUGACAAGGAAGGCACAGGGGUGGUGAGCACUAAAGAUCUGAGGCAAGCUCUGACAAGUCUAGGGGAGGUGAUGACGGCGGAGGAGGUGGAACAGCUGAUCCUCGAGGCUGACGUCAACGGCGACGGUGUCAUCAAGUAUGAGGAUUUUGUAAGAAGAGUGUCGCUCAAGUAGAUA